AUUUUCCCUAUAAAGUAAAUGUGCCUUUCCCACGACUGUUCACUGCAGCAGCGACUUCCCUUCAAAACACUGAGAAGAAAACAUCAGAGCACCUGUCAGACGUCUUUCAUCACCAAAGCAGCCAGAACACCCUGCAGGCAACAGACGCAAAGAUGGCCCGCCUGUGCUGGAUGGUCGUGGCUCUGGGCGUCUUCCUGUCUGACAGUGUCGCCGCUCAGGAACAGGAAGAAGGCAUCAAGAAUCAGAAUGACCUCGGUAACACCGUCAGUCCGGCUGUGAAGAUCCCACAGGUCCAAGACACAGAGGAUCUCCAGCAAGUCUCUACGGGUGACCACGAGGGUCAAGUGUCCCAGGGAGGGGGGACAGGCGGGGAAGAGGGUACAGCCCUUUCAACCGGCACAGGCAAAGAAAUGGGUGAAGACAUAGGCAAAGGUGGGAAAGGGGGCAAGGUUAAGUGUAAGGGAGGCGGCAAAUGUAAAAAAGGGGGCAAAGGUAAGCGUAAGAGAGGCGGCAAACGUAGAAAAGGGGGCAAAGGUAAGCGUAAGAGAGGCGGCAAACGUAGAAAAGGGGGCAAGGGUAAGCGUAAGAGAGGCGGCAAACGUAGAAAAGGUGGUAAAAGACGAGGAAUACGUAGUGCAGAAGAGCAACGGUACGAGUGAGAAAAUCGGACAAAGGUACACAUGGACCAUGGGGCUGUUUGGACUGAUAAUGGACUGACACGAGAAAGGAGAAUCGGAGCAGCAACCCAAUGAAUCUCACUGAGAGAGUGCCCUAUGCUUAUUACAAAUGUGCUUGUUUAUUUGUCUUCCUCUAGAUUUAAAGGUGCACUAUGAGUUCCUGCAUGGUGACUUCUGUUGACGUUCCAGGUAAAUUCAAAAC